UCUAUACAUGUUUUUUUGUAAAUAUAUAAGCUUUGUAGAACAAUUUGACAUAUUUUAGAUAGCCCCUUACCACUGUGCGUGGCCAGCACUUAUUGCUGCGAAUGUAUAUGUGCGCUCGGAGAGAAGUGGAGAAAAGAGAGAGCAAAAGCUCUCCGCGCUUGGACGCCGUGAGGUAUGCAACGCUUUUCGCCUUGCUUAGCGUACCGCUUCCGAUUUUUGUGGAAAAAGCAAAAGCAAAAGCAAUUCGACAGUCGGUAUCUGGCUGCCUUCGCUCUGCUCGCAUCCUACAUCCGCGUACGGCGUCCUGCGGCCUUCCAAAAAUAACAAAUAAUUACUCAAAAUAAUAAUAAUUCAGGGGGUGUGAGGGCGCAGAGCUUUUGAGUCGACGUCGAGUCAAAAAAGUGGCAGAGAAGUGAAUCGGUUUCGGUUUCGCAAUAUACAUACACAAACAAUAGGCACUGGGAAGUAGACGACGGCGAAUCCUUGGCGGCUCAGCAUUUCCACCGAAUUCGCGUCGAGGAAAAGCGGAAAAUCGGAAAGCAGCGACCAUUCUCGUAUUGAUUUUCAAGUGUGAUCGGCGCCGUUAACAUGGAUAAGAUGACGGUUGCCCAGAAGAACGCAUAUCUCGAGGCGCACAUGGCGGUGCAGCAGCAGAUGGCCCAGGCGGCCAUCCAGUUCAAGCAGCAGCAGACGUCCCAGCAACAGAACUCCCCCACGGCCAACAACAACAACAACAGCCAGAACAACGGCAACAUGCAGCAGCAGCAACAGCAGCAGCAGCAGCAACAGCAGCAGCAACAGCAGCAGCAACAACAGCAGCAGCAGCAGCACUAUGCGGCAACCAUCAAGGUGCCGCAGAUCAGUUCCUCCAGUGUGGCAGCUGCGGCGGCGGGGGAGAGCACCUUCACAGUUCCGGACGACGGAAUGGGAUUCGAGGGCGGCGUGCGGGUGCUGCAGAGCCUGGGAACCUGGUCGGCGGCCGAGCAACUGACCUACAACAUACCCAAGCCCAACCUCAUACCCUUCACAGAGCCCUAUGUCGAGGGGGGCUCCAUGCACCCCGCCAGUCGACUCAAGGCCCUGCAACAGGUGCAACAGGCGUCCUCGGGGGUGCGCAAGACAAAUCCCUCAAAGUCCACCAACAAGGCGUUCGAGUGCACGGUCUGCGGCAAAGGACUCGCCCGCAAGGACAAGCUGACCAUCCACAUGCGCAUCCACACCGGCGAGAAGCCCUAUAUUUGUGAAGUGUGCAAUAAGGCGUUCGCAAGGCGGGACAAGCUGGUGAUCCACAUGAACAAGUUCAAGCACGUGACGCCGACGAACAUUGCGCCACUCGGAAAGCGAUUGAACAACAUGGUGAAGAAGAAGGAGCAGCCGGAUCCGCCGCCGGAGGACAACAAGCAGAGCCUGGAGCUGCAGCUGCAGCAGCAGGCCGUCCAGGUGGCCGCCCAGAACAUAAUAGUGCAAUCCGCUCAGGGAGCGCCGACGUCGAUUCCCGGUAUCAUCAUACCGCACCAUCAGCAGCAGUUGUCCUGGACGUGCGAGCUGUGCGGCAGGAUGUUCUCGAGUCGGGACGAGUGGUCCAUUCACGCCAAGAGUCAUCUGGAGCCGGAACGGCUAGUCGCAGAGUCAACAAAGCCAGCAGCAGCGGCGGCAGGAGUCAUUGCUAAGACCACCACCAGCAACAACAGUCGCAACUACCAAAUGGAUGCUAAUCAAAACCAAAUUCAGAUGGAGGCCCAGGCACGAAAGCAGAAGAUAAUCAUUCAAAACCAGAUGAUACUCAAUGCCAGCCACCAGCAGCAGCAGCAGCACCAGCAGCAACAGCAGCAGCAGCCGCAGCAACAUCCGCAACAGCAGCAGCACCAACAGCAACAGCAGCAGCAGCAGCAACACGUGGCCCACGGAAAGAAGGCAGCCAGAAAACACCAGCAACAUCUGCAGCAACAGCAGCAGCAGCAACAGCAGCAGCAGCAGCAGCAGCAACAGACCAGUGCGCCAAUGUACAAUAACAAUAGUAGUAGCAACCACAACGGCAACAACCAAAGCCAAGAAGUGUCGGUGCCGGUGUCGCACAUCAUUGCCAAUUCGCCGACGGCCGCCACCUACAUGCAGGCCCAGCUGAGCGAGCACGCCAGCAACAUGCAGCACGGCAUGCCCAUUGUCACGUACAAUGGGAACCAGUACUGCGUGAUCACCCGGGCCCCGGAUCUGGAUGUGGAGGCGAUGCAGAAGCCCCUGGACUAUGGCCACGCAGCCGGAGGAGCCACCAACAUAAUAGUGAUGUCGCCGAUGCAACUGCUGCCUCCGCAGCAGCAGCAGCAGCCGCAGCAGCAGCAGCAGCAGCCGCAACCGCAGCAGCAACAGCAGCAGUAAGCACCAGCGAAGAGCAGGCGUACUGCCUAGCCUACCAGCUAUAAAUACGAAUUGUAAAUAAAGUCUUAAGCAGCCGAGAGCAACCCUAAGUAUAUGUUUAACAACACUACCCAGCAAGAGCAAAGUUUGUAAAUGUCAGGUUAUAAAGCAUACGUGUAGAUCCCCCGUCAGCGAAGUCAACUCAAAAUCAAACGUAGUCUAAGCAACCUAACAUAUCCCCCCGCAGAACGUAUAUAGUACCCAUCUACAUAAGCAGCCACCACUGAGAUAUAUGGAUAUGCCACUUCGACGCAGUUUCAGACGCAGACCCUCCAAAGUAGUAUCCCCACAUAGACCCGUAUGCAAACCGAAUGUGUAUGAUAUUGUAUGUGUUUCUAUGGCAUUGUUUGUACAUUAAGCUUAUUACGUACUCCAAUUACGUCUUCGACUAAAACGCAACCUGGGAGGUAAACCAAAUGAAAUGAAUAAUGGAAACAAACGUAGCAG